GAUGGCGUCUAAUCUGCGAUCCGCAGAACCCUUACAGAGGGACUUGGACUGUUAGUGUUUGGCCACUACUGUCAAAUGCGCUACACAAGUUGGUUUAAUCCCCACCUCUAACUGACUGCAUGGCCCUCCCUGAGCAAGUCACUUAACAGGCCAAAGCUCAUCUUAUCUUAAAAUGCAGGCCCCUCUAUGAGGCUGGCAUCCAUGAAGCUGAGUGGGCUCCUGGUGCCUUUGUAGCCAGCAGGCCCCUGAAUGCCUUUCCUCUGCUCUCUUCCUCCGACUUCCACUGAGCUCAGCACAAUCCCACCACAUCCUGACUUCCAGCUCCAUCUGAUUAACUCUUACUUGUUUGGGAGUCGGAUGGCCCUCCAGGCUACGAGAGAUGUCUCUCUGUCUUUUUUUUUUUCUUUUGUAGCUCGCAGGGGCGCAGCCAGGCGUGCUGUCACAAGCUCCCGGGCCGUUUACAUCACUUCCUAAAUUCAUCUCAUAGAUUGCUCUUAAAAUUAGGUAAGAAAAACAGAGUCAGGAAACAGGAAAUGUUGACUCUGAUGUCGGUGAGUAACUGAGUGAGGAAACCAGAGCACAAUGGUAUUAUGCCCGCACUUGACCGGAGUACAGGGAGACGCCACGAGAGGGAAAUGGUCCUGCUGGCAGUGUUGCUCGUGAGCAUCAUUGUUGGAACGGUGCAUUCUGACAACAAUGACCUCAAUCCCAAUGCUACUUCUACUAAGCACAGCUUGGUUUCCAUCGCCACCACAGGGCUAUCCACCACCACGGGACGUUUGUUAACGUCAAGAAGCCCUCUGAUUCAUUCAAGCGACAUAUCAGGAAAUCUUUCAGAGAACGUCCAAUCAUUUCACGGCAUCUUCCGCCGGGUAAUCAGAAACCAUACAGAAAAUUCCAAAGCCGCGAACGAAAGCUGGACCAAUGACACUCAAUCCUCAAAUACUCAGCACCCCUGGUCAAACAUUCUGCUGUACGCCCUUCCUGGCGUCAUCCUCAUUCUGUUGGGACUUGCGCUGGGAUUGCUCGUUUCAUGUUGUAAAGGCAGAGCGAAGACUAAAGAGUAUGAGAAAGAAUUGGAGCCUCUGCGAGGUGAUGAUAUGGACGCCGAUAAGCCAGACAGCCCUAAGUUUGAAGAUGACAUCCCUUCUGUUCUGGAGUUAGAGAUGGAGGAUCUUGAAAAAUGGAUGAACACUCCCCAAAAAGAAUCUCAGCCUGGUGUGUUACCUGCAGCUAAAGAAGAACAAUCAAAAGAAGAAGAAUCCUGAAGUGUCAGAGCACAUUAGCUUUUUUUUCUGGAGAGCUGGCAGUGGUCCCCUUUGCAGGACAUAUGGCUGCCUUUCUUCCAGCUGCUGCCAUUGCAAGCCAUCUGAGUAACACGCAGGGCAUGAGGAGGUCAACGUGCCUUCAGUACGCCGACCAGCGAGAGCACAAGCCGCUUUUACUGUCUGCCAGUGACUCUUACAGCAAUUUCAGAAUGAAACGUUUGUGUUGCUUUUCCUUAUGUGCCAAAAAGCAUGGUGGUCCAGCCAAUCGAUGUUCAUUUUAUAUAGUGCCUUUGCCAGUAUGGACCAUCAUAAUUUACAUUACAAAGCCAAGUGUAAUGCAAUACAAAGCCUUCCUGCAGAACCAUUUCAAA